CAAGAUGGCAGCCCCCAGCGGAAGCGUCUUUCACUUGGGCCGAUCUUCCAGUUCAAAAUUAGGCGUUGUUUACGACACUGAAGGACGGGAAGUUGAGGUUGAAACAAGAGAAGACGAGGAACAAAAUGUUAAGCUUCAAGAAACCAUUGAGCUUCUCCUUGCCGCUGGAUAUUUCAGGGCACGGAUUAAGGGACUCACACCAUUUGAUAAGGUUGUUGGGGGUAUGACUUGGUGCAUCACAACAUGUAACUUUGACAUUGAUGUGGAUUUGCUCUUCCAAGAAAACUCUACCAUUGGACAGAAAAUCGCCCUUACAGAGAAGAUCGUCGCCGUCCUGCCCAGAAUGAAAUGCCCUCACCGCAUUGAGCCCCAUCAGAUCCAAGGCUUAGAUUUCAUCCACAUCUACCCCGUGGUUCAGUGGUUGGUGAAGCGUGCCAUUGAGACAAGAGAGGAGAUGGGAGAUCUCAUCAGGGCCUUCUCCAUCUCACAGUUCAACAAACAGCACCAGACACCAGAGGAUGUAGAAUUUGAGGGGAGGAAGAACAAGUCUGUGGACACGAUUAGCAUCGUGAAAGAUGUCUACAAACCCCAGAGGAGAUAUCGGCGAGCUGACGCCCACAGGAUGAAAGAAGAAGAGAUGAGAGUACAGUCUACUCUUCUGGAGUACGGAAGACGUUACGGCAUUAGUCGGACUGCCAAGUCAGAGAAGGAUGCCCAGAAAGAGGCCAAGAAGAAGGCAUUGGAAGCCGGCAUGACCAAGGCCCGGUCAGACUCCUUAGACUCUGAGGAAUCACAAGAGAGAGAAGAGAAACGCAUCCAGGCCCUGAUGAAAGGAAUGUCCAUCUCAGAGGAGGGUAAAGUUACGGCCAGCACUGUUGGUUCCAUUGUGGGUUUACAGUCCGAAGAGAUUGGCCAAAUUGCGUCUGAAUAUGCAGAUAAGAAAUCAGAGCUGCAAAUGGAAGCUGAAAAACCAGAAAGGAUGAGUGGUGCUCAGCAACAUCAGAGAAUGGUGGCAUCACUGAACAAACAGAUAGCCAAUCAGGAGAAGAAGCUAGCUGAGGUGAGUACACGCCACAGUGAGCUCAAGGAGGCUCACCUUGGGACCCAGUCUAAGCUACAAGAAGUCCAGGAACAAUCUAGGAAGAUCGAUAAGGAGAUGGAAGAUCUGGAAUCCAUUGAGACAGACGAGAACAAAAGUGUUCUUCAGAAGCUGCGUUCCCUUGUGGCUAUGAACGAAAGUCUCAAGAAACAGGAACAGGAGUUCCGCACUCAUUGCAAGGAAGAGAUGGUUCGUCUCCAGGAGACCAUCUCAGGGCUGAAGGAGAAUGAAGGAGAGGCAGAGAUGUCUGAGAGGGAUCAGAUGAUCCUGAAACGAUAUGAGGCCGGGCAAGAAAAACUUCAGAAGCUCCGUCUGCUCUUGGCUCGGAAAACAAGAGAAAUUGCUGCCCUGCAGAGGAAGAUAGAUGACGUGCCAUCACGAGCUGAAUUAUCCCAGUAUCAAAGACGAUUUGUUGAGCUGUAUAAUCAAGUUGCCAACACCCACAAAGAGACAAAACAGUUUUACACAUUAUACAACACUCUGGAUGACACCAAGUUAUAUGUGGAGAAAGAAAUUACUUUACUCAACUCAAUCCAUGACAACUUUUCACAGGCAAUGAAUUCCACUUCUAACAAGGAACAGUUCCUUCGACAAUUUGAGCAGAUUGUCGGCGGGGUCAAACAGAACAAAAUCAAGGUUGAGAAGAAGAAGCAAGAGGAAAAGAUGAGGAGGGAUCAGUUGAACGACAACUUCCUGGACCUGGUGGAAAAACAGAGACUGUACUUCAAGACAGUCCGAGACUUCAAGGAGGAAUGUCGAAAGAAUGAGAUCCUCCUCUCCAAGCUUUCUGCCACAAAUUAGUUCCUUUUAAAAAAAAUAUGUAACAAAUUAAAUCCUACCGGCAUUUAUUACCUAAGUAACUUUGAUUUUGUUGAAAAAUUUCUUGGCUGGUCUAUGUUUGUCUCCAGAAUUAGCGUAGAUAUCCAUAGUACUUGACCUAUGUAGAAUUCUUCUAGUAGAACUUGAGCACUUAUAUUUUUAAAAUGUCUCCCCCCUGCUGUGUUCAUCUGUAGCUCCUCUCUAGUCGUUUUGCCCUCAUUUGACCCAAAAGUUUGGCAGAAAUUAUGACAUCCCCAAGCCAAACCUUUGGAUAGUUUUUUCUCCUUUUUUUAAGGAUUAUUUGUUGAGAAAUAGGGCAGUAGCAGGUUAGCCUUUGAGAUGUAUGGGGAUAAAAUUGCUCCGGAACUGUUAGGCCAAAUAUUUCUUGCUUCCAGAAAUUCAAGAUAUAUUGACUCUUUUUGUACUUAUCUGUUAAAAUUCUGUUAAUCUUUCAUGUAAAAUGAAAUUCAAUAUUUUUGUAAUGCUAAUCGUCCUUUCUGCAAAACCUUACUCUAUCAUGAUAUUGCUCAGAAUGUAGUGUCAUAGUUUCUUAGAUUUGUUUCCCUUUUUGAAAGGAAUUCGGAAAUUUUCAGCAUUAUCAUUGCUACCACAAACAGCAUAAAGCAAAUUAUUUAAACCAAUGUUCCAAAGUAACAAAUCUAAUUUAAUUUUCCACCGCCUGAAAAAUGUAUUUAUGAAUGCAAGUACAGUUUGAGAAGACCAAAGCGUUUGUCCACAUUGAUAUUCUUAUUCUAGAUUGCAUCAAACUACAAAAAAAAUAGUUGCUAUUAAUCCAUUUGCUUUUCCUUGUCAUAUUUUGGUACUUGCUCUUUGACACCGAGUGAUACUUUUAUUGUAAUCUGAAAGCAAACAAUGCUUCCAUCCAACAAUAAUUUUGGUUUAUCUCCGAGUUCUGAUUCUUCAAAAAGAUUUUUUUUCCCUAAUCAUUAAGUAAAUUGUCUUGUAUUUUUUAGUUAUUGUGAUGGUUACAGAAAUUAAUGCAUCGAUUAAAAUAAAUCAUUGCCAGUUCAUCGUACAGUACAGAUACAAA